AUGGAUGAUUGCAAGCCCAUCUCUACACCAGUAGAAGUCAACAAUAAACUAAGUGUUGAAGGGGAAGAUGACUUGGAAGACUUGACCAUGUACAGGCAACUAGUAGGUAGUCUGAUUUACCUAACAAUGACUCGACCUGAUAUGAGUUAUGCAGUUGGCCUGGUAAUUCAUUUCAUGCAAAAGCCAAAAAAGCCUCAUCUGGAAGCAGCUCGUCGUAUUUUACGAUAUGUAAAGGGAAUUGCUAAUUUUGGUCUCUUAUACAGAAAAGGAGAAGCGUGCGAGCUAUUUGGUUAUUGUGAUGCUGAUUAUGCAGGUGACUCAAGCACGAGAAGGUCAACAACUGGAUAUACAUUCAGUCUUGAAUCAGGACUAGUCUCUUAG